GGGACCGUCGCAGCAGCAUUGUUCACUGAAGGAGCAAGCCACCGCGGAACUACUGCCUACUUUCAUUUUCCUUAUGUCUUCACCGGGGGAUUGUACCGCAUGCACGCCAGUCCGCUAAAGUGCCCGAGCAUGUUCACAUCGGAGGCGGUUUCGGAUCUACCUGAGAGUCCACUGCCCUCGUCUCUACUCUGCCACUGCGCGCUCCCCUGCCUCCUCCACACCGCUCCGGACUUCACCGUUUACCACUGAGGAGAGAAGGGAGACGCACCGGGAUACAAGCAUGGGGUUCUACGGCACUUUAAAGAUGAUUUUCUACAAAAUGAAGAGGAAGUUGGACCAUGGCCCCGAGGUCCGAUCAUUCCCUUCAGGAAAGAAACCCUGCAAAGGCACAGAAUAUCCAAGCCCUGCAGGAAUCGUCCCAUGUCCGGCCACGCCAACCACCUUCGGCCACAUCCGCACAGCCAACGGUCAGGGGCAGCAGAGACGGCGCAUCACCUCCAUCCAGCCACCCACGGGUCUGCAGGAAUGGCUCCGAACGUUUCAGAGCUGGACUGGACCCGAGAAGCUGCUGGCGCUGGAUGAGUUGAUUGACAGCUGUGAGCCCACGCAGGUCAAACAUAUGAUGCAGGUGAUAGAGCCACAGUUUCAGAGAGACUUCAUUUCCCUGCUGCCCAAAGAGCUGGCUCUGUACGUGCUGUCAUUCCUGGAACCCAAGGACCUCCUCCAGGCCGCUCAGACGUGCCGCUACUGGCGCAUCCUGGCAGAAGACAACCUGCUGUGGAGGGAGAAGUGUCGGGAGGAGGGCAUCGAUGAGCCUCUGCCGCCCAAGAAGAGGAAAGUGGUGAAACCCGGCUUCACGCACAGCCCCUGGAAGAGCGCCUACAUCAGGCAGCACCGGAUAGACACCAACUGGAGGAGGGGGGACCUCAAAUCACCCAAGGUGCUGAAAGGUCACGACGAUCACGUGAUCACCUGCCUGCAGUUCUGUGGCAAUCGCAUCGUGAGCGGCUCUGAUGACAACACGCUCAAAGUGUGGUCGGCCAUCACGGGGAAGUGCUUACGGACGCUGGUUGGUCACACGGGAGGCGUCUGGUCAUCCCAAAUGAGGGACAACAUCAUCAUCAGCGGAUCUACUGACCGCACACUCAAAGUCUGGAACGCCGAGACCGGAGAAUGUAUCCACACCCUGUACGGACAUACCUCAACUGUGCGCUGCAUGCACCUACACGAGAAAAGGGUGGUGAGUGGCUCUCGGGACGCUACCCUUCGUGUGUGGGACAUCGAGAGCGGUCAGUGUUUACACGUGCUGAUGGGGCAUGUGGCUGCUGUGCGCUGCGUGCAGUACGACGGGCGCAGGGUGGUCAGUGGUGCCUACGACUUCAUGGUCAAAGUGUGGGACCCCGAGACCGAGACCUGCCUCCACACAUUGCAGGGACACACCAACAGAGUCUACUCUUUACAGUUCGAUGGAAUCCACGUAGUGAGCGGCUCUUUGGACACCUCGAUCCGGGUGUGGGACGUGGAGACGGGGAACUGCAUCCACACGCUCACGGGACACCAAUCUCUGACCAGCGGCAUGGAGCUCAAGGACAACAUCCUGGUAUCUGGCAACGCAGACUCCACUGUCAAGAUCUGGGACAUCAAGACGGGCCAGUGCCUGCAGACGCUACAAGGUCCACACAAGCACCAGAGCGCAGUCACAUGCCUCCAGUUCAACAAGAACUUCGUGAUCACCAGCUCGGACGACGGCACGGUCAAACUGUGGGACCUGAAGACGGGCGAGUUCAUCCGUAACCUGGUGACCCUGGAGAGCGGGGGCAGCGGGGGCGUGGUGUGGAGGAUCAGGGCGUCCAACACCAAACUGGUCUGCGCCGUGGGCAGUCGCAACGGCACCGAGGAGACCAAGCUGCUGGUGCUGGACUUCGACGUGGACAUGAAGUGAGGGGGACUCGGCGGGGACAUAGGACAACACCAGACAGAGAGGGAGAGAGGGAGGAGAGGGGGGCGGCUGUCAGGAAAAGCCCACCCGGAUGUCCUCCUCGCACAGCGGCCGUCCUGUCCUCCGCGCCCUGCACCCCGUCCCCUGGGCCACGCGUUACUGACCCUGCUCUACGUCAGGGGGACCGGGCGGGACACGGGGCAUGGAGCUCGCCUCUGAUUGGACGAGAAGAUAAUAGGAAGCAGGAACUGAGCGGAGCCAUUUCCCGGUUGGGUUGUUUAGCUUCGCGCAGACUUGGUUUUAUCUCACGCCUGACAGACUGGGACAUGUACAGAGAUCUAUUAUUUUUGAAAGCACCCGUCGAUGCCCACAAACACUUGCACUUGCUCUGGAGCCGAGCAGUGAAGACAGCGUGUACACAAAGAGAUUGAGGGAGAUGUUCCACGUGCAUUUCCACACCUUAUGAGCUGCUUGUUGUGAAGGAGUGAAAGCUGAAAGACCAUUGGCCGUCAGCCCGAGGGCGGGGCCUGGGGUCAGGCUCGUUUCUUGUCACUCCGUUUCGUUCAUGUUUUUCCACUUGGUUCUCACUAGGUUUUUCUUUACAGUGUCUCACAACCACAACUGUGAAUUUCCGGACUUUUCGUUGCUUUAUCAUUUGAGUUUCCUGUUGUAAUUAUUUCUGUCCUUGCCGUUGCCAAUAGGAACCGAUCCCAGUAUUAGAACGUGCUCACUUUAGGUUUGCUGUCGAGACGUCACAGGGUUAUUUUGUUGGAGUACUUUGUUUCUGUUGUACACAUGGUGGGUGUGUAGCACAUUGAUGCUGUCCAGAGGUUUUCAGUCCAGCUGUGCAGUGCUGUUAUGAGAGGACCUGGAGCUCCUCUGCUGUCGGCCUGCAGCCCCUCCCCCUCUAUGUUUCCCAAGUGGCCAAACUGUAUCUAUGCUGCUAGUCCAAUGGAAAAGACAUGAACUCUCACUUACUGUGACGUUUUAGUCCCAGGCAAAAUUCCAAAUUGAACAGUUUGGACGUUAAGUCACCAAACUAAAGUUAACAUCCACAUUUAGAUUUGAGUUUGUUUUUGCCACUGAAACUUGAGCCAAACGUGCCUCUACGAGGCUGCGGCGAGGCGUGCCGCCUGCAGAGGAUGGGGAUGUACACUGUUGGAGUGUGCGUGUGUGUGUGCGUGUGUGUGUCAUGGGCUACUUGUAAACACAUUCCUGGGGACAUGGCUCUUUGGGCCUGUUCUUUGGGGAAAUGUACAAAUGCCACAAAAACAAAGAGACUUUGGGCUGUGUGUGUGAGAAGUGUCGUUCUGUGUGAUGGUUCAUUUAAUGAUGUCUGAAGCUCCAGAGGAGAGCAGCGCUGGAGCCCCCAGCCCCAUGUGCUGUCAGACCACAACACAACAGACCCCUCUCAAUCUCCAAGAGUCACAACUCAAGCUGAACUGUGAAAGUGCUAUAACACUGUAUAUUAAAGCAGAAAAAACAAUGGCUCUAUCUCCUCUUGUUGUUUCUCCCUGUUUAAUUUAUGAUCUGGUUUGAGAAUCAGAUUUGUCACAGGUGUUUUAUUUUCAGUUUCUGUAAAACUGCCUGGCAAAAAGAAAAGCGUCAGAAAAAAAACUUAAAGGGAUUGUGUAUUGUUUGAUUCACUUAGAAUUUUAUUUUCUUAUAACUUAAGUGCAAUAAAAUGUGGGUUUUUCUUUUUCAUUUCAAGCA